GCUGGUUUAGGCUCUUCUGGGAUCAUCUGAUGACCCUCACCUUCAUCUACUUCUUCGUCGUGGUACCCUACGUCAAGAGUUUCUCCAGAAUCUGCGGAAAGGGGAUCAGCGCAACUCCAGAUUUCGUUAAUGCAGCACUGGGACUGUGUCUCCUGGACGUUUUUAUGAGUUUCGUUACAGGUUUUACCAGGAACGAAGGGACUGAGGUUGUCCUGGAGGCCGCGAUGAUUGCCAGACAUUACACAGGGGGAUUUUUCCUCCUCGACCUGAUAACAUCGAUUCCUUACACUUGGUUCACCUCAAGUCGCCUGGACCCUCCAGGGCCUGACGUCAAUUUUCUGCAGUUUAUCGCUGAAAUGAUUCCUCUCCUGAAGAUAUUUCGUCUGUCAACCCUGAGGCACUACGUCAGACAAGUGAAUUCCGCCUGUGGCUACAGCUCCGUCGCUGAUAUAGCCAUUUGGCUGAGUCUCCUGACAACCCUGAUCGUUCACUGGAGUGCCUGUCUCACCUGGGGAUUCCCCUUCGUAACUCUGUACGCAACGAGAAGAACUAUUGAGGAAUCGGAUGCCUACGUGAUUAAAAGUGGAAUCUACGGGAGAAAUUCCUGGAAAAUUUACCUGGCGGGUCUGCACAUGGGGAUGAGCAAUCUCGUUGGCUCCAACUUCAUGGAGUUGAUGGAAACUUCAAUGAGUGAUAAAUUCAUCAGGUGCAUUCUACUGCUAUCAGGGACAGCCUAUUUGAUUUAUCUUAUCGUUGUUUUUCUCCAGCUGAUUGAAUCCUCAGCUGAGCCCGAGCUCAAGUACCAGGCGAUAAUUAAUCGAGUUAGGGAGUACAUAGAAGAGAAGAAUUUGUCGCAGACUGUCAGUGACAGAUUGAUGAAGUACUACGAGUACAGGUACCAGGGGAGCUUCUUCAAGGAGAACGCCAUCGCGAGCACUUUAUCCAAUCAUUUGAGACUGGAGAUUAAUGUGAGGUCGAAUAGAGGACUCCUGGAGACAGCUACUGUUCUUCAUAAUUUACCUAGAGCACUUCUGGCUAAUCUACUCAAUUCGAUGACUCCGGUUAUUUACCUUGAGAAUGAUGUAAUAUAUAAAUUCGGGGAUGAGGGGGACUCUAUGUACUUCAUAUCCAGUGGAACUGUCGCUGUUAUCAACUCCAUGGGGAAAGAAUUGGAUCACCUGGUGGACGGCGGUCACUUCGGCGAGAUAUCUCUACUCCACCUGAAUUAUCAUCGAGAAGUCUCGAUAAUUGCUAUCGAGACCUGCGAACUCCUGCAGCUCCACCGUCGAAUAUUCUCUCGACUUAUUCUCCCCGACUCCGAGCUACACCGAAGACUCACACGAAUAUCGGAGAAGAGACUCUCAGAGAUCCGUAACUCCACGAGACUCUCCCAGAGACAGGAUGACACGAACCGAAGAAAAUUCGAGAUGCAAAAGCUCCUGAUGAGGACUGAGGUGUCAACCUCUACGUCGACGGACUGAAAUAUCACUGGCAAAAAAACUAUAAAUUCAUCACUCUUGUUCAUUCCAGUAUAUAUUUUCUCCAUUUUCUUUAUACUUAUAUACUUCAAGUAUCCAAGCACGAAUAUAUGUUCGCAGAUGUGACAUGUUUUCUAAACUCUCUCGAGUGAUUCAUUUUUUUUCUCUACUCCAUGAAACGUUUACAAUUGUUUAUUGAUUCAAUGAUUUCGAUUGAAAUAAUGAAACCCAUUUUCUCGUGAUUUUCCAUAUCUCGUUAUUCCAAAAGAUCCAUCGACUGCUGAAUUUAGCCCUCUGGAGCUGGAGCUGUGAAACGAGAACUCCAUCGAUUUUUUAUCUUCAAAAAUUUCCUCGAAUUCUCGUUCCACCCCCGCACCCAUCGUUCCAACGUAAUCGCGACGAAAAAAAAAA